UUGCUCAGCUCAUUACCCAGAGCAAGGCCAUGUGGUGGUGGAUGCCUCGAGCCCCCACAGGGACUGCAGCUCCGGAGCACAAUGAGAUGAAAUGGCUUGCAUUGCUUAUACCUGGAUGCCCUCAAGGAUACCCAUGGUGAGGUGCCGACGAGCCAAUUACCACCUCAGCUUCAAUAGCUAUCUAUUGUCCUUGCAAGGCACGGGCUAUAGUGCGGACCUUGUCCUUCUCAGGCCUGGGCUCGUGGCCCUACUUUGCUUUUUUUUUCUUUCGUUUCUUUUUCUUGUUAGCAGCCAACAACAAGUGCAGGGGUGGCAGCCUCAGCGCCCCAUAUGGCACGGGAUAGAGUUCCGUGCUCCUCCCACCGGGCGGGAAACGUACGAGUACCAGAAAGUUGUGGCUAAUUGACUCUUGCUGCGGAGUGUUGCCCACAUCUCUAUGUCUUGUUGCUCUGACCUGCUGGCCGUGCACGAAGACGGAUUCGAUGCAGCUAAUUACAAGUACUGCUUUGGACUCCGAAAACUCCGCUCCUCACGCCAUUCUCUGACAGCCAAAAGAGACGAAAAGAAAAAAAAAAAGCCACUGACAAGGACCACUACUAGUCGAUUACUCUGGCUUUGGUU